AUGGAGCAACUGGACAAUCUUCAUAUACUUGCUCAGAUGAAGCAUCUGCAGGAGGAGGUGAACACCAUGCAGAUCUGGUCUAAUAGGUUAAUUCAAGAAGAAGAAGAGCUUCAGCAGAAUUUAACAGCUCUUUUUCGUGCAGUUACUAAAUAUGAGGAGAAUAUAGAUUCUGUAACUAAAAUCUUUUCUGUAAAAAUUGCAACUGUGAAGACUGAUAUUAGACGCAUUUCAGGUCUUGAAGCUGAUGUAACCUUAUUGGUAGAGAAUCUACAUACUCUAGAAGACAAAGUAGAUAAAGCUGAAAAGACUACAGUACAGAGUAUAGGAGAACUUCUUACAAAUAGCAUUGACAGGACUACAAUACUAAAGAGUUCUGCAUCUGAAAAUGCUAGACAAAUAGAAAACAUUAAGACAAAAUUGUCUGAGCUGAAUGCUGAACUGAACAAGCAAUCAAGUAAGAUUUUAGAUUUGGAAAGUGAUAGAGCCAAAGUUCUGACAACAGUAGCCUUUGCAAAUGACUUAAAACCUAAAGUACACAACUUAAAGAAAGAUCUGGCACACUUGGAACCAAUGUUAGAUGAACUAACAUUAAGAAUAGGAAGAAUGCUUGGGGAUCUAAUGGAAAGACAGAAGGAAAUUGCUUUCCUGAAUAAGAAACUCUCUAACUUUUUUUCACACUGA